GGACGCGAUUUUUCUAAAAAUAGAGGGCCGAUGCAUUAGUUAAAAGUUAUGUUUAAAAAUAGGAAUGUAAUGUGAUGCAAGUUCAGUGACAUCAGUUUGAAAAAUUGGAACCAAUCAACAAUGGCGCCUCCAAAUGUGGAUUCCCCUGGAAAAGUUGACACGAGUUACCACCAAGUGCCCACAUCGGAAGACGAAGUAACGGAGUGCAAGUGCGCUAAGCAGUUAAAUGAAAUAAGUGACUCUAACGUCGCGACGCCUAUAAACGAAUGUGAAAAACUAGUGAAAGAAGAUGAUGAAGAGGAAUCAAGCAGCGACGCCUGUUCCGACGAGGCGGAGGUAGUAGUCCCUCCGGAUGGAGGCUGGGGGUGGGUAAUUGUGGCGGCAUCUUUCAUGUGUAAUAUGAUAGUGGACGGCAUAAUAUUUUCUUUCGGAACUUUCCUCGAAUACAUUGCAGAUGACUUUUCCGCUACAAUACCAGAAGUGACUCUAGUCGGGUCUUUGAUGUCAGGGUUUUAUCUCAUAGCUGGACCUUUUGCAAGUGCAAUAGCUAAUCGGUAUGGUUUUCGGUUAGUGGCUAUCCUCGGAAGUUUGAUGGGGGCGACCGCUUUUGCGGUGUCGUAUUAUUCGACCAGCGUCACAUUCCUGUGUAUUUCCUACGGAGUUCUAGGAGGUAUUGGAUUUGGAUUUAUUUAUGUUCCUUCUGUGAUAACUAUCGGAUUUUACUUCGAAAGAUGGAGAGCGCUUGCUACAGGGAUUGCGGUUUGUGGAUCGGGAAUAGGUACGUUCCUGUUUGCCCCUCUUAGUGAAGCCCUGAUCACCAAUUUGGGAUGGAGGAGUGCCCUUUUAUGUCAAGGAGCCCUAGUACUUAGCUGUAUAAUCUAUGGUGCACUAUUUAGACCAUUGAAACCAACAAAAGUAAAGGAGCUGGAUGACAAAGAGGAAAAGCCCGAAUUGAUAAUGGAUCCUACCAAGUUACCCCUAGCAGCGCGUUUAAAAAUGGAGGAAGCCAUUAACUCUAUGAGAAGAAAUUCUACUAUCUCGACUCAUGAUAACCAAUCUUCUAUUCCUCGUUUAUUUGGUGUUAACAAUAAUUCAGAGUACCCUAGAGUCUCAGACGUUUAUCACACCAUAAGCAUACCUAGUAGAAAGAGAGCAGAUACUUACAGUAAAGAAAAAGAAAAAACCUUAAGCGUUCCUUUCUUAGCAGACAAAGGAAAGACGAAAGAAGAAGGUAAAACACAUCUUCUGGAAUUAAAUAAACUGAAUCCAAUCAUAGUUCCUCGAAGGUCAAGAACCGUUUCCGAAAAUCAGCAGGAAAGUGAAGUCAACAGACCUUUGUACAGGGACGAUAUCUUCUUCGGAGCUAGUUUGACUAGAUUACCUCAGUACACUUCAAGGACAUCGGUGGCGUACAACUUGUCUGUUAUUAGAUUGCCUACCAAAAACGAUAUAGAAGAAGAAAAGAAACAUUCUUGCAAGUUAUGCCCAGAAGCGUUUAGAAGGGCUUUAGCCACCAUGUUAGAUUUCAGUUUACUGAAAUCUCCUUCCUUUCUUAUUCUUGCCGUAGGAGGUUUCUUCACUAUGAUGGGAUUCUACGUACCUUUCAUGUUCUUAGUCGACAGAGCGAAGACAAGCGGUAUGACCUCAGUUCUGGCAGUGUGGUUAGUCUCGUCUAUAGGGAUUGCAAAUACUGUAGGAAGGGUGUUGUGUGGAAUCGUGAGUUCUUUACCAGGUGUAAAUGCUUUGGUUUUAACCAACGUGGCCUUGACAAUUGGUGGAGUUGCUACGAUAUUUAGUGGACUUUCUCUCACACCUCAGUAUCAAUUUUUCUACACUGUGGUGUUUGGAUUAGCAAUCGCCUGCUUUGCGUCUUUAAGGUCAAUCGUUGUGGUCGAUCUUUUGGGCCUAGAAAAAUUGACGAACGCUUUCGGACUACUUUUACUGUUCCAAGGUGUGGCCGCGAUAAUUGGCGCUCCCCUCGCAGGUGCCUUCAAGAACGCCACUGGCAGCUAUGACGCUUCCUUUUACUUAUCCGGAGGAAUGCUUCUGGCGUCUGCUAUGAUGUGUUAUCCUCUCAAUUGGGUCAAUCAGUGGGAGCGAAGAAGAAACGAAAAAUCGAAUAAAGAAGUACCGGUUUAACUUAAAUUUACUUGUUACGUAAUAUAUCCAAUGUUCCUAUUAGAAUGGUACUACGUAAGGAAAUCAAUUCGAAUGAGAGGCACGAAAAGAAUACUUAGUUUUAGAUAAUAAUAUAACCCAAUGUAAGACUGAUUAAACUACGUUAGUUGCAAUCUGUACAUAUUUAAUUAUUACGAAUGUUUUAUAUUUUAAUUGUAAAUUGCGGAAAAUUAUGGAAUCUAUUAAUUGCACUGAUCUGUGUAAUAUAUGUAAUUAGACACCACCUUUACAUGUAUCGGACAUUCCAAUGAGAUUUUUUUUUUAUAACAAAGACAGUUGUCCAUUUCUGUUAAGUUUCUUAUAGCUGUAAACCAAAACACUAUUUAUAUAAGAGAUAAGUUUAUAUUUUAACAGAAAAUUAAUAAAACACAUUACAUAUUUUA